AGACACAGGAAACUGUUAUGAGAAAAGCAUUUCAUGACACUGGUUAGAGUUGGCGAGGAAAACAAUACAUAAUCGCUAGGUUACGCAUUGCUAGAUUUAAUUAGAAAACAUUAUAAUAUCUACUUCCUUGGUCGAUCUUUGGCGCUCUCUGCUCAAGCGGUAGCCAAAGAGUCUUGCCAUCUGUGAGGAAAACAAAUAUACAUAUUGCAAAUGAUGGGCCAUGUAGAUCAAGUAUAAUUGGCCGUAACUAAUAUAUUUCGAGCCCAUUAUUAAUAUUAUUCAACAAAAUAAAUUGUUUGGAGUGAUAUUCGAACCCACGCCUUAACGGAAAUUCUGGUGGCGCUUAGGUCGGUUCCUCGUUAAAGUGUUAAGAGUGUUGUUUGUUUAUAAAGGUGUUUUUUGUUUGCCCAAAUUAAGGUUUACGACUUUCAAAAGGCAUUUUGUCGGCUGAUUCUACUUUCUCUGAGGCUUGUCAUCGAUCCCUAGAAGCUAACGAAGAUGGUUCUUCAAAACGAUAUUGAUCUGCUAAACCCACCAGCUGAGCUUGAGAAGAGGAAGCACAAGCUCAAGCGUCUUGUUCAGUCCCCUAAUUCAUUUUUCAUGGAUGUGAAGUGCCAAGGCUGCUUUAACAUUACGACGGUGUUCAGCCACUCGCAGACGGUUGUGGUAUGUGGAAACUGCCAGACUGUGUUGUGCCAACCCACAGGAGGAAAGGCUAGGCUCACUGAAGGUUGCUCUUUCAGGAAAAAGUGAACAAGAUUGCUCUCCACUCCCUCUUAGCCAGCCACAUCUUUUUGUUUUAGUUUCUUCUUCCUUUGUAGUUCUCCUUUAUUGAUUUUUGGAUGAUUUUUUUUGAGCUAGUAAAACCUUAUGUGUUCAUGACUUGAGUUUAAAAGCAUUUGAUCUUGGAGUUGAAUAAAGUUUGCUCAUUCCUCAA